GGGGUACCUGGGCACUUUCCUCACUGCUGAUCUUUUGCUACAUGGCCCCUCCAGCUCCUUUGGUUCUGUCAUGCCUGGUUGCACCUUUCAAUGAUGGCAGAGGACUUGCUUCAGACCUUGGGACCUCUGGUCCCUGAAGCUUCCAACCCCAGAAGGAUCUUUUUGGAUGCCAGCCUGCGGGAAGGUUACUGCCCUUUGCUGCCACACACCAUGCACUGCCUCCCGCUCUGGCCAGGCAUCUCUCUUGUGCUGCUGACCAAGGGCCCUAUGACGCAGGUAGCUGUCACCUUGUACCAGCUCCUGGAUGGUUUCUUGGUGCUGGAGAAGAAGCUGGAAGAGGGACCAGAUGUGGGAGUCGCACGCUCCUACCCAUUCCUUGCUGAGCUGCGGCAGCGCAUGGACAAAUUUGUGAAGAAGCUGAGUGGACAGGACAUCCAGUUACAUAACACCUGGUUGGACUUCAAGAACAAGAUAUUUUCACGGAAUGAGCCUGGGAGCUCCCUAGAGCUGCUGCAGUCAGUGGCCAAUGUGAAGAGGCAGCUCUGCUCCGUGUACCGCCAGCUCUUCCUGACCUCUGCUGGCCACAGCCUGUCCCAAGGGCUGCGGGACCGUGCUCAGAAGCUGAUGAGGGAGAAGCUGCUGGACUGGCGGGACUUCCUGCUGGUGAAGAGCAGGCGCAAUAUCACCAUGGUGUCGUACCUGGAGGACUUUCCUGGUCUGGUGCACUUCAUCUAUGUGGACCGCACAGCUGGACAAAUGAUGGCACCAUCACUCAGUGUGACAGAGAAGUCCAGCGCAGAGCUGGGCAAGGGUCCCCUGGCCACCUUCAUCAAGAAAAAGGUCUGGUCCCUGGUCACACUGGCCCGGCGAUACCUGCAGAAGGGCUAUACAACACUGAUGCUGCAGGAUGGCGACUACUGCUGCUCCUACUUCCUCUGGUUUGAGAAUGAGAUGGGCUACAAGCUGGAGGUGAUGGAGGUACCAGUCCUGUCUGAUGAUUCUGCUCCCAUUGGGAUGCUUGCAGGGGACUACUAUAGGAAGCUGCUGCGUUACUACAGCAAGAACCACCAGGCAGAGGUAGUGAAGUGCUAUGAGCUGCUGACUGUGCACCUGGGCAUCAUCCCCUCCGAGCUCGUGGUCCAGCAGGCCUAUGACUUGGCCCGGCGCCUCUGGGAGCCAUCCCGCAUCCCUCUGCUCUGA